ACACCGACGUAUACACGCAACCCACUACUUCUACUGCUACUACGAGAGUGCUGCUAGUGCCACUGCUAACAAUGCCCACACCAACACCACCACAAACUCUCUCUACUGUUACUUUGUCUUUCUCUCUUUCUGCUACUAACGACGACACAUUCCUCGCUGGCAAGAUUCCCUCUCUGUCCUUCACUUCCUCCCCCCUUUUGCCCUUUUCCCCUCUCCCUCUCCCUCUCCCUCUCCCUCUCCGUUAACCCUAAUAAACCUAAAGUAACCACAAUUUUCUCGACAACCAAACACACCCUUCUCUUCCUCCAUCUCUGCUUAAUCACCUUCUAACAUCUCUCUCUCACCUACCGUCCUAAUUAAAAAAAGAAAAUUAAAUAAAACCAAAUCUUGACCUCCCGUAAUUAAAAACAAAAAUUUAAAGAUGGGUUGCACUAGUUCCAAGCUGGAUGAUCUUCCAGCGGUGGCGCUGUGCCGUGAGCGGUGUAGUUUUCUUGAUGAAGCAAUCAAUCAGCGUUUUAUUUUAGCUGAUGCACAUAGAGCUUACACUGAAUCUUUAAGAACGGUUGGUGUUUCUUUACAUCAUUUUAUCCAACAAGAUUAUGCUGGUAGUGCUGCUGCUGCUGCUUCUUCUUCGUCUCCUGGUUCAUCUCCUACUCUUAAUUUACCGCCUCAAAAGAAAAGGGAUCCAGUACUUACCAACGAAGGCGCAACGGGUUCACCUAAGAAGCACCACUCUCACUCCAACUCUGGUUCGCAUCUUCAUUUCCAUUCUGAUUCUGAUGAGGAUGACGGCGAUGAUGAUUCUAUUCAUCAUUCUGGUCACUCUUCGCCUUUGCAUGACCCCGAUAUGCAGUAUAUGCCAUCGGGAUAUAUGGGUAUGGAUAUGGGUAGAGAAGAGGAUUUGUAUUCAGGAGGUGGAGGUGGAGGUGGAGAUGGAUAUUUGCAUAUGAAUUAUAUGAAGAAUAAAGCAACAACUCCUUCUGUUGUUUAUGAGAAGAGACCUGUAACUCCUGAGACUGUUCAUUUUGGUGAUUCUUCUUCUUCUUCUUCUGCUUAUUAUUAUAAUAGUAGUAAUAAUAAUUAUAAUCCUUAUCCAAUGAAUUACUUCGGUUACCCAAAUUAUGCUGGUGGAACGGCUGGGUACUAUGGUUAUGGGUCCUCUUCUUCCGUUCCGACUCCGGCUGUCGCUUCUUCUUCAAAGCCGCCGCCGCCGCCUCCUCCUCCUCCAACAGCUUCACCGUGGGAUUUCUUGAAUUUGUUUGAGAGUAAUGAUAAUUAUUAUCCGCCUUAUACUCCGAGUAGAGACUCGAAGGAGCUGAGAGAAGAGGAAGGGAUUCCUGAUUUGGAAGAUGAGAAUUACCAACAUGAGGAUGUCAAGGAAGUUCAUGGGCAUGAGAAGUACGUUGAUGGUGGUGGUGGUGGUGGUGGUAAUAAUUUUGCAUCGAAAUCAGUGAUGAUGAAUGAUGGGGAUGCUAAGUCUAAUAAUACUAGUGAGCCAUCACUUUAUCAAGCGAUGCCCAAACCCAGUGUGUCUAUGGAUAAUGAUGGAGGAUUGGAGUAUGAGGUUCAUGUGGUGGAGAAGAAAGUUGUUGAUGAUGAGAGGUCAGAUCAUGACCAUACAAACGCUGGAUUUAAAAUAGGAGGUGGAUUAAGAGAUGUGUCUCAAGUGGCUUUUGAGAUCAAGAUUCAAUUUGAGAGAGCUUCUGAAUCUGGUCAAGAAAUUGCCAUGAUGCUUGAAGUUGGAAGGCUUCCUUAUCACCGUAAACAUGUUUCUAAGAUGUUGCAAGGAGUCGCUCCUUCAUUAUCUGUGGUAUCCUCACAGCCAUCUACUUCCAAAAGUACCGAUGCAUCAUCCUCCACUAACUUGGACAUUGAUGAAGAUUUGGUGAUAAGGUCCAAAAAGCUUUCUUCUACCUUGCAAAAGUUGUAUCUUUGGGAGAAGAAACUCUACAAUGAUGUGAAGGAUGAGGAGAAAAUGCGAGUAGAUCACGACAAAAAGUGCCGUAAGCUGAAGCGUUUGGAUGAGAGAGGUGCUGAAGCCCAUAAAGUUGAUGCAACUCGAAUUUUAAUUAGGAGUCUGUCCACAAAAAUAAGAAUUGCAAUUCAGGGUGUAGAAAAGAUCUCUAUUACGAUAAACAGGAUUAGGGAUGAAGAGCUGUGGCCGCAGCUUAAUCAAUUAAUUCAGGGGUUAACCAGGAUGUGGAAAAGUAUGCUGGAAUGCCAUCAGUCUCAGUGUCGAGCAAUUAAAGAAGCUAAAGGAUUAGGUUCUAUUGGAUCAGGUAAAAAGCUUGGUGAUGAUCAUCUUACAGCCACAUUGAAGCUUGAGCAUGACCUUCUUAGUUGGACUUCAAGCUUCUCUAGCUGGAUAGGAGCCCAGAAGGGUUAUGUGAGAGCCUUGAAUAAUUGGCUUCGUAAAUGUCUAUUAUAUGAACCAGAAGAAACGCCGGAUGGAAUAGCACCCUUUUCACCAGGCAGGAUAGGGGCGCCUCCGGUAUUUGUAAUAUGUAAUCAGUGGGCACAAGCUAUGGAUACGAUAUCUGAAAAGGAAGUCAUUGAUGCUAUGCGCAGUUUUGCCUCAAGUGUGCUUAAGCUCUGGGAACAGGAUAAACUAGAAAUGCGCCAGAGAAUGAUGAUGAACAGGGAUCUGGAGAGAAAAGUUAGGAGUUUAGAUAGACAGGAUCAAAGGAUACACAAGGAGAUUCAGGCAUUAGACAAGAAAAUUGUUCUGGUUACUGGAGAUACUUAUAGUCUUUCAGUGACUGGAAGCAUAGUAUAUCAGAGUGAUACUAGCAAUAGCAGUCUACAAGGGAGUCUGCAACGCAUUUUUGAGGCCAUGGAGAAGUUCAUGGCCGAGUCAAUCAAAGCUUAUGAGGAGCUUAUUCAGCGCACUGAAGAAGAAAGGCUUGCACGGGAGCAUGAGAGAAUUUCUUAGGACUAUAUGGAGCACUUAAAAUAAACCUCUCCUUUAUACUAGUGAUGUUGCUUAUUUUAUGCAACUUAUAGUCCAAUGAGAAAUUGUAUGCAGUACUGGAUCUUCAAAGUACUGCUGUUCCAGUCCUACUCCUGUGGCUUCCUCGUGGAGUCAUGAUUGUUUGAAGUCUUAAAUUGGAGGAAGGCUUAAUCACACGGUGGAUGAUGGUGGAUCUUGGUUCUGUUCCAAGCCAUAUAUCAGAUGGUGAAGAUUUUUGGAGGGAUUGAGUUGUGAUGAUCUCAUCUCACCACCAGUGGCCUUGAUUAUAUUGAGUCAACUGCUGCAUUCGAAUAAUAAACUGGAAUUCAUAAAAAGGGGCAAUAGGCAGUGAGAUCACACUGAUCGACAGUCAAAUUGAGCCCCUGCAUUUUGGCAAAGAACAUGCUGACAUUAUGUGAUGCUUGUUAAUGCCCUGUUGGCACUUUGCGAUCAAGCACCAGGCUUUCAUGGAAGGAGGGCAGGAUUAGCUUGAUAAUUUGAAGGGUACACGGGAUGUGCAACCAGGCCAAUGUAAAGUAAAAGCAGAUUUCAUCUCAAUUUUGCAUUACGCGUUUCAGGUGUAGGUGUACGGGCUGUGUAGAAUGACGCAAGUCAGGAGAAAUGCCCAAACUCGGUUGUAUGAUAAAAAUAAACUUCUCUUGGUUUCUUCUGUCAAUUAUUUAUUUUUGUACAGGCCUUUUCGCUGAAAAGACUCGCAAUAAAGAGUUGCUGAAAAUGUACUAACAUUUUAAUGAUGUUCCUGAUAAGAGUACCAUGUACUUUCGGACUA